UGCGUACUGACAACAACACGAGACACUCCGUGGAGAAACACUCGUAUUAACACUUCCGCAUUCGCUUUUCGUCAAUUACUCGAAUUAGUCCAGAAGAGAAUGCCCUUCCUGGGACAAGAUUGGAGGUCGCCGGGGCAAAGUUGGGUUAAAACCGAGGAAGGAUGGAAGAAGACAGCGGUGGACGAAAAGAACAACAACGUCACGGUGGAGAGCUUCUGCAAAGCGGAGCAGGAAUGUUUCAACAAGGAGAACUUGCUGCUGUCCCUCAGCUAUGACAUGGCUGCAAAGAAGAGGAAAAAAGACCACAUGAACAACAACACCAAGAUUCCAUAUUUCCACCGGGAAAAGUGGAUUUAUGUUCAUAAAGGAAGCACCAAGGAGCGCCAUGGAUAUUGUACUCUGGGAGAGGCCUUCAACCGCUUGGACUUCUGCAGCGCCAUCAAGGACACCCGGAGGUUCAAUUACGUCGUCAGACUCCUGGAGCUUAUCGCCAAGUCGCAGCUCCCCUCCCUCAGCGGCGUGGCUCAGAAAAACUACAUGAAUAUUCUGGAGAGAGUGGUGCAGAAAGUGCUCGAUGACCAGCAGAAUGUCCGUCCCAUCAAGGAGCUCCUGCAGACGCUGUACGUGUCGCUCUGCAGUUUGGUUCAAGGCAUGGGCAAGUCGGUGCUGGUGGGGAACAUCAACAUCUGGGUGCAUCGCAUGGAGAACAUCCUGCAGUGGCAGCAGCAGCUAGACAACAUCCAGAUCAACAGACCAACAUCGACAGGCAUGACGCUGACGCAGCUGCCUGCCAGCCUGCAGCUGAACAUCAUGCAGCGUCUGACAGACGGCAGGGAUUUGGUCUGUCUGGGCCAGGUCUGUCCAGAACUGGGGGGACUAGCCGAGGACCGGCUGCUCUGGAGGAGACUCUGCCAGUACCACUUCACAGACAGGCAGAUCCGAAAGCGCCUGAUCGUGUCAGACAAAGGUCACCUUGAGUGGAAGAAGAUGUACUUCAAGCUGAGUCGAUGCUAUCCUCACAGAGAACAAUACAGCGACACUUUGCACUUCUGCUCACACUGUCACAUCCUUUUCUGGAAGGACACAAAUCAUCCCUGCACCGCCAACAACCCGGAGAGCUGCACCAUGGCCCUCUCCCCACAGGACUUUAUCAACCUUUUCAAAUUCUGAUCCCCCCCACUUGAAGUGGGUGUACAUAAUGUACAUACACAUGUAUAAAGUGUUUCCAGUUGAGAUGGGACUCCAUGGUGACCAGGCAGUGGGACAAUUAUGCAAUUGAGAUUAUUGUUUGUUGCUGGUUGACUUUUAUUAGGCUGUCGUUGGCGAGUGAAAAGAGAAGGAAUGUUGGAAGAAUACGCUUCUAAUGCAAGAUGGACGGGGGGUACACAAAGGGAAAAGUCAGUUUAUUUGGGGGGAUUUGAAUUCCAGGCACAUACUUGUGGAGUUUUGUUCCUCCAGUCAGUGUUUGCCUCAAAAACCUGAUUAUGGUUUAUUUCAACAUGGGAAGUCUGAGUUCAUGUGGAAUUAUGAUUUGCAUUGUCUGAAGCGCAAACGUUGAUAAGAUUGUUUGGCCGUGCUCAUCUGAAGGCUUCAGUGUUGGGGAUUUAAGCAGCUUGGUGUUGAUGCAUAAUGUUUUCUAUAUACUUUUUUCACUUUUAUAAAGAUUUGGUACCUUUUUUUUUAAUGUGUUCAUUUUCUGCUGUGGCUGCUAUUUCAGUAGUUUUUGACUGACAAUACUUUGUGUGCCUUAUUGCAAACUUGAAACUGUAUUUUUUUUUUUCCAAGAUCUUGAACAUGAACACAAUCGUGUGUAUUAUCGCAUACCAAAGUUGAGUUUUUUUUGUUUUUUUUUUUGUCUUCUAAAGCCUCAUGCAUGACAAAGCAGCACCCUGCUUGCAUUUAUGUUCACAUUCUGCUAAAGUAGCUCAACUUGUUGGAUGCUGAGACAGUGAUGUACAUGCUAUGCAAUGCCUUUUGUUAAUGUUCUGGAAUAUGAAUAAAAUAUUUACUUUGAGAAUAA